AGGCGCACCGUCCGGCCGGCUCCAGCGGACGUUAAUGCAUCGCACCAUGUCCUCGCUGUAAACCGAACGAAACCCCCAGUAGAGUGUAUUUUACCGGCAAUCCGUCACCAUCGGCGCCUUGAUCAUGGACCUCCGGUCCAGAGGCUUUUUUAGGAGGCAUUGGAGUUGUCAAUAGUAACCUUCAAGUGUGAUAUUAAUACAUUUUGUGCCCUGUCACUUUUGCACGCUCCGGGGAUUUAAAGACCAAGUGACAGCACUCACCUAGCUAGCUGCUAAGUCAAUAAGGGCACACUUUCCAUUUGGAGGAGAGGACAAGAAAAUACAAUAGCUACAAUUUUAAGUAACGGACAAUAGGUUUUAAAAUACUAUAUUUUUUCGAUUGUUGAUUCAAGUCUUCCCUCAGAUCCCUCACAGAAACGAUCGGCUGGCAAGUCAGCGCCACCCUGAUGCAGAACGACGUGAAAUGAACAAACCACUGCAGCCUAUAACGGGACCCACCUCUGUCCCACACCCCUCCCCCUCCCCUGGCCUGACACAGUUGUGUUUCUCUGCCUCCCCUCUCUCCCAGGCUGCCUAUGCCCCUGGACAGCCCUCUUCUCUCAUCUUCGCCACCCCAACACCACAACAAAUGAACUCUGCACCUCAGCCACGACAGUUUGCCACCGGGCCCCGUGCUUUACACCAACAGGGUGGAUACAGGGCACUGCAGCCUUACUAUGCCAACAGGCCCAUCAGUGCCCCCCGGGUCCAGACCAGCAGCGGGCCUCGUCCGGUGGGUCCCACCCACAUCUACCAGCCCGGCUCCCAGAUGAUGAUGAUCCCUGGGCAGCAGCUGUCCUUUGCUGGAUCCCCUCAGGGCUACUUCAUCCCCCCUGGACAGUACCGGACUCCCUACAUGCCACCCAGUCCACAGUACCCUGUGACAAGUGGGACAGCAGGCUUCUACCCUGGAACCAGCCCGGCUGAAUACCCCACCUAUGAGCCCUCUCUGGCUGCGAGGGAGAGGAGAGGGGGCGGGCGAGAGAACGGGCGUCUCUCUCUCCACGGUGCUCCUCUCACCUCCCAGCGCUACCCCGCAGGUGCCUACUACCCGGCCCAGCCCCAGUACAGCCACACACCCCCUGUCCAGACCGCGCCCGUCAUGAUAAGCCCCGCCCAGCCCCAGCAGCAGGCCCUGCCCCCUCAGCCGACGCCGACCCAACCACCUGCACCCAAGAGGGAGCGUGUAACGAUCAGAAUACGAGACCCCAACCAGGGGGGCCGUGACAUCACAGAGGAGAUAAUGUCCGGGGGAAGGGCUUCUUCCACCCCCCCACAGUCCUUCACCACAGAGGAAGAAGGUCCUGCCCAGACCAACGGAGAAGUUACUAAACCCUUCACCAUCGUGACGAGAACAGAUGAAAACGCAGAACCCGCGGUUUGCAAAGCGACGGCCGCCGAAACCCCGCCUCCAGUGUCGGCAACUCCAGAGCCUGCCACCGCCACUGUCCCACUGGAGGACAAACAGGAAACCGAUGGCCAGGUUGCCCCGCCUACUGAACAGGUCGUCAGCGAAUCAGCUGCCCCCAUGGCGGGAAUGAGGGCCGAGGUGCCCAUCCCACCAAGGGAAGACCAGGCCCCUGCCCCCUCCCCCCUGGCAGCUUCUACCUCCCCUCCCCCUGCAGAGGUACAGACUCCACCCCCCGCCACCACCAUCGCUCAGGCCAGCCACACGGUGGGCACUGGUAUGACCCCCGCGGUGAUGGUAGUGACCCCCGAAGGUCCUUCCACACAGGUCGAGCCUCUGGCUGCCCCAGCAUCUGUGGAGAAGCCUCCUGCCCGGGUAGUGGAGGAGGUAGUGGUGGAGAAGAAGGUAGAAAAGGUCAAGGAGGAGCCUGCAGUUAACACCAAUCCAGAGGUAGUGGCGGCUGUUGCGGUGGCGUUCGCAAAAGAAGACACUAAACCUGCUCCACGACCUGUGACCCCCAUCGCUAUGGCAACGGUCAACGAUUUCGCCCCGUCCUUGAAGUUGGUGGCGGCUGUGGAAGCUCCCACUAAAACUGACAGCGUGGUGUUGCCGCCAGCGCCUAAACAGAAAGCCGCUGUUCCCGUGACUGAGCCCGUCUCUGCCCCCGCUCCUGCCGCCACUCCCUCUGUCCCGGAGGUGGAGCCUGCCGUGGCCCAAAAGGUGGAGCAGCCGCCCCUGUCCAACGGCCUCCCCCAGGAGGACCCCGACGAGGUAGACGCCCCCGUGGCUGCACUAGAGCCUACCGCAACGGCAAUCACAGAGCCUGCCACUCCCCCACCUCAGGAAACUUCUAACCCUGCGGCUGCUGCAGUGGCAGAGGAAGAGGAGGAUGCAUCCCCAGUGCCCUCGUCCAGCAGCCCUUCAGAGGACACGUCUAUGCAAGCUGCUGUGUCUGUGCCAAAGAAGAAGAGGAACAUGAAGGAGCUGAACAAGAAGGAAGCCAUCGGAGACAUGUUGGAUGCCUUCAAAGAGGAGAAGGAGGCGGCACCCGCCCCCGAGCCCUCGUCAACUCCGGCAAAGCCCAGCCCUGUGGCCCCUCCCUCCGUGGCGCCCGCUGAAGCUCCAGACGAGACGUGGGAAGAGAAGGAGGACAAGCAUAACGCCGACACGCCCCCGCUCAAACCGGGCGACCUCAAGUACCAGUACAAAGGAGAGCAAUGGAAGCCUAUCGACCCAGAGGAGAAGAAGAGGUACGACAGAGUGUUCCUGCUGGGCUGCCAGUUCAUUAGUGCCAGCAUGAACAAGCCAGAGGGCCUACCUGUCAUCAGCGACGUGGUGCUAGAGAAGGCAAAUAAGACCCCCAUGCGCCCAGCAGAGCCUGGUCGCAACAUGAUGAACGCCGGGCCAGACUUCACCCCCGCCUUCAUGGGUAACCUGGGCAGACAGUCCUCCGGAGGAGGGGGACCACGGGGCCCUGGAAGGGACCAUAUGGGACCCCCCGGACCGCGGCGCUCCCAGCAGGGCCAGCGUAAGGAGCCCCGCAAGAUCAUCACAAUCUCCUCAUCGCUAGGCGGCGACGUGGAGCUCAACAAGGCGGAGAAGGCCUGGAAGCCCACAGUGAAGAAGGCGGUGACCCAGGGCCGUGGGGCUGCCCCCGAGGAUGAGGAGAGCGACGACCCCGAGCAGGCCAAGACCCAGGAGCUGUUCAAGAGGGUCCGCUCCAUCCUCAACAAGCUGACCCCUCAGAUGUUCCAGCAGCUGAUGAAACAGGUCACAGAGCUGACCAUCGACACGGAGGAGAGGCUGAAGGGAGUGAUCGACCUGAUCUUUGAGAAGGCCAUCUCCGAGCCCAACUUCUCUGUGGCCUACGCCAACAUGUGCCGCUGCCUUAUGGGGUUGAAAGUGCCCACCACAGACAAACCAGGAGUGACGGUAAACUUCCGCAAGCUGCUGCUCAACCGUUGUCAGAAGGAGUUUGAGAAGGACCAGGAUGAUGACGUGAUCUUUGAGGCCAAACAGAAGGAGAUGGAAGCCGCCAAAGAGGAGGAGAAAGCCGGUCUGAAGGCGGAGCUGGAGGAGGCCAAAGACAAGGCGCGGCGGCGGUCGCUGGGCAACAUCAAGUUCAUCGGCGAGCUGUUCAAGCUGAAGAUGCUGACGGAGGCCAUCAUGCACGACUGCAUCGUCAAGCUGCUGAAGAACCACGACGAGGAGUCGAUAGAGUGCCUCUGUAGACUGCUGUCCACAAUCGGCAAGGACCUGGACUUUGAGAAAGCCAAGCCCCGUAUGGACCAGUACUUUACCCAGAUGGACAAGAUCAUCAAGGAGAAGAAGACCUCGUCUAGGAUCCGCUUCAUGUUGCAGGACGUCAUCGACCUCAGACGGAGUGGCUGGGUGCCCCGGCGAGGGGAGCAGGGCCCUAAGACCAUUGACCAGAUCCACAAGGAGGCUGAGCAGGAGGAACAAAUGCAGCAGAUCAAGGUUCAGCAGCAGCUCAUGUCAAGGAACGACGGAGGUGGACGAGGAGGAGGUGGUGGUGGAGGAAGAGACGGGAGGGGGGGAGACAGAGACAGAGGAGGAAGGGAUCAGGGGGGCCGCGGGGGCCAGGGGGGAAGGGGCAGCCAGCCCCAGGACGAGGGCUGGAACACAGUGCCCAUCUCCACCAAGAACAGACCCAUCGAUACCAGCCGGCUCAGCAAGAUCACCAAGCCUGGUGCUCUGGACUUCAGCAACCAGCUCCUUGCGCCCCAGCUCGGGGGUAAAGGCAUGUGGGGCAGCUGGGGCAAGGGCAGCAGUGGAGGCACCACAGGAGCCAAGCCUGCUGCCGGAGCUGAACCAGCAGCGGAGACUGGCCGUCCGGCCACCGGCAACCGUUUCUCUGCCCUGCAGCAGUCUGCACCCCCAGCAUCCUCCUCAGACGCUGACCGCAGGGUACCCCAGAGGUCCAGCUCCAGUCGUGACCGCGGCGGGGACCGGGACAGGUUUGACCGCUUCGAGCGGCGCGACAGCAGUCGUGAUGAGCGUGGCGGCAGUCGCGACACCCACCCCUCUAUCACCAAGCGCAGCUUCAGCCGUGAGACAGAGGAGCGUAGGAGCGAUAGUCGCACCCCUACGGAACCCCCUGUCCGGCACGUAGCCAGCAUGACUGACGACAGGGACCGAGGCAGCAGAGACCGGGGAGGCAGCGGUAGCCGGGACAGGGCUCCCAGCAAGGAGGCUGUUGUGAAGCGUGAGACAGCCCCCACUCCUCCCCCCACUGCUCUGACCAAACCGACCAUGACCGAGGAGGAGCUGGAGAAGAAGUCCAACGCCAUCAUCGAGGAGUACCUCCACCUCAACGACAUGAAGGAGGCACUGCAGUGUGUAGUGGAGCUGAACAGCGCCUCGCUGCUCUUUGUGUUUGUGCGGAACGGUCUGGAGAACACUCUGGAGCGCAGCGCCAUCGCCAGAGAACGCAUGGGCCUGCUACUGCACCAGCUCAUCAAGGCUGGCUCCCUGCCCACAACAGAGUACUACAAAGGGCUCCAAGAGAUCCUGGAGGUGGCUGAGGACAUGGCCAUAGACAUCCCCCACAUCUGGCAAUACCUGGCUGAGCUCAUCAACCCCAUGCUCCACGAGGGAGGCAUCCCCAUGGGACAGCUCUUCAGGGAGAUCUCCAAGCCCCUGAUUCCCCUGGGUAAGGCCGGUGUGCUGCUGGUGCACAUCCUCAACUUACUCUGCAAAGGAAUGACCCAUAAGAAGGUGGGCAGUCUGUGGACGGAGGCGGGGCUCAACUGGAGAGACUUUCUGCCAGAGGACGAGGACAUCAACAAGUUUGUGACUGAACAGAAAAUUGCAUUUACCCUGGGGGAGGAGUCAGAGGAGACUAUUCAGAAGAAGCCCAUGAGUGGGGAGGAGCUUAGCAAACAGCUUGACAGACUGAUCCAGGACAAGGCUAACAACCAGCGCAUCAGAGACUGGGUCGAGGCCAACCUGGGCGAACAGCAGGCGGCCUCUAACCAGUUUGUGCGCACUCUAAUGACAUCCAUUUGCCAGUCAGCCGUUAUAUGUGAGAACCCGUACAAGGUGGACGUGGAACAGAUUACCCAGAGGGCCAAGCUGCUGCAGCGGUACCUAAGUGAGGAGCAGAAGGAGCUGCAGGCCCUGUACGCCCUUCAGGCCCUCAUGGUGCACAUGGAGCAACCGGCCAAUCUGCUGAGGAUGUUCUUUGACACGCUCUACGACGAGGACGUGAUCAAAGAGGAGGCCUUUUACAAGUGGGAGUCCAGCAAAGACCCAGCCGAGCAGACUGGAAAGGGCGUGGCCCUCAAGUCGGUCACCGCCUUCUUCACCUGGCUCCGUGAGGCCGAAGAAGAGUCCGACAAAGACUAAACGGCCUCACUCUAAAAUCACCACCCCUCUAUGGCCAGGGAGGGGUAUUGCAAGGGGGGCCAAGGAGAGAUUUGGACUCUAUGGCCCUUUAAUGUUGCGGACUGAUACCAAUCCUCAACGAGGCUAUUGAGAGAGGGAUAUACAAUCACUUUCUCUCUUUUCCUCUAUCUCUCGCUUCGUCAUUCUCUCUCUUUUCCCUGUUUUGUGAUGGCGAGUGUCCGCCGAAAAUGAAAUAAACCUGAAAAAUGA